AAAAAUAGAAGGGAUUAUUACUUAGACUUGCCACCUUUCUUUGCAAUACCAGAGAGUAUAAAUUCCAAAUGAAUUUCCUGCUGUUCACAGUUCUCACGAAAAAAAUUCAUCAGAAAGUUUUCUUGUGAACGAUGAGAAUGCUUCUUUUGAUUUGCGCUUUUAGCGCAAUUUUUUAUUCAGUAAUUUGUCGACCAAGCUCAGAAUACGGCUGGUCAUACGGCGGCCAACCCAGCUUUCCUUACGGCGGUCAACCCAGCUUUCCUUACGGCGGACAACCUAGCUUUCCACACUUCUCGACACCCGCCUUGACACAGUGGCGGGAAACAGUUGUCGAAGAAUCUGGACAUUCAGAGGUUGCCUUCUUUCGUGGGAACCAACUCUUCUUCAUAGACACCUAUCAACAGAAACUCUGUUCCUUUCAUACAACGGAUCGAAAAACAUAUUGCGCUCAUAUAGGCCAAGGUGUCCUUUCUUUUGCGGCUCCUGUUAAAUCACACCCCAAAAUAUUUGUAGUGGGUUGCGGUUCAAAUAUUUUACUCAUCAAAUGGGAUAGUUCCAAAGAUGCGACUUCCGUUCGUCAUUACACAUUAACAUCAGCGCACCAGCCUCCUCAAGACCCUCUUCCCCGAGGUAGCAGAGUGGGUUAUGGAACUGUCGAUUACAAGGAAAGACUAUGGUUUGUGACCACGAACGAUAAUCUGAACUAUCAUGCAGCGAAUUGGGGAACUGUGUACUGUAUGGAUCAGAACGCGGGUAUAGAAAAGAAAAUUUCGCUACUGCCUUCAGUCACUGGGGGAUUCGUCUGGGACGUUCCUCGCGGUAAACCAAAAAAACGACGUUCACCGCCUCACAAAUUCUAUUACGCUGAUACUCUAAACCAUGAUAUCAUAGACUACAAUCAUUGGCUGCAAAAUGGAGAGAUUGAAAGAACUGGAGUAGUGCACAGCUUGCCAAAACAUCAAGUACCCGGCGAUCCUGGUCGUAUUGCAAUUGACUCAAACGGUUAUCUCUGGGUGCCUCUUAUAGGAAGCCAUAGAGUCAUUCAAUAUGAUCCAUUUCAAGAAAAGGUGCUUCAGACUAUUCUCAUACCUGCAGCUAAAGUCGGAGCAUGCAUUUUUGGAGGUAGUCUUUUAUAUGUAUCAACAAUAGGAUACGGAGAAAAUAAAUAUCGUCCACCAGGCGAUGAAGGUGGUUAUAUUUACGCUAUCCACAACCUGGGUGUGACGGGACUGCUCACAAGAGAGUACCACUUGCAUAAGGAUAUAAUAUUCAGGGCCUCUGCAUCAUUGGAAGAGAUCUCUUACAAGCGAAGUGGACGGAAACCCAAGGCCGCUCUUGGUAAGGGGAGUUCCUCCGAUAUGGAUUUGAAUCGCUCAUUAGCUGACUAA